AUGGACUUCUGCGAACCCUCCCUCCCUGACCGCGAUUCUGGACACCCCGAUGCGCCCAUUUCAUGGGACGAUGAACUUCAGCCCAACUCGCAUCUUUUCUCGCAAGAAGAGAAUGGCCUUACAAUUAAAGACGACUGUCUCGCCUCCGUUCGCCGCCUUUCAUCCGACAAUGAUUCUGUUGUUAUAUUCGUCUCUGGAGUAACACGUAAUGACUCCGGGGGUUUCGUCAGAUCUGGCUCUGGGGUCUUCUUUUCACCCACCUCGUGCUUCAAUAUUGCAGAACGUGUGCCACAGGGAUAUUCAUCGACGAGAGAAGUUGCCGAGUUAUACGCCGUUCUUUUGUCUUUGUCUCAAUUAGAAGAGAAUUACUUGCAGGUUAAAGAGAUAGACGAUCCAGAUGGCAUAUCAUCCUUAUCAACCACUUCAACCUCUCGGCGGCGGCAGCGGUACAAGGGAGACGCGCGAGCACAACGUCUUUGGAGAGCUACAGCGAGCGUUACGGAUCAGAGUCAGAACAUAGAAAAAUUGGAAGGCACUAUCCCGUUUUCGAAGGUUGUCAUUGCCACAGAGAAUGAGCAAGUUAUUCACGCACUUUGCUUCGAUGCAUGCGAGACGUCCACGCAAGACGCAGGACCAGUAGCAUCAGUAAUAGAUGUCGCACUUACGGACAACCUCUCGGUCACCAAAGGAAAGGAAACGAAAAACAGAACCGCCGAUAUAGUCCGGCCUAUUGAGCACAUGAGUCCAAAGUCAAAGACUCACUCGCAAAGAGAUGCUAAUCAGAAGUCACUGCUCUGCUCCGCAGAUCAAAGCGAGAAGGAUGAGUUAGUCACAGAUGUUCGUCAAGCUAUUGCCCGAGUGGAACAGUUUGGAGCUAGUGUCCAGCUCUGGUUGGUUGAUCUUGACAGUGUUGCGGACGCUUCGAGACUCGCUAGGGAAGGCACUUUCAAAUUGAGUAGAAUCGCAAGUCUAUAUCAAAGCAUCUUCCAUGAGGAGUUGUAUGAUUCGCUUCUUGCUGGUCAGAUAAUACCUCGCAGCAUUUCCGGAUCCCCCAGAUGA